CCCCCAUGCUUCCAUCUCAGUUUAAACUGGUCAAAUUAUUCUCCUAAGCAUAGAAAAGAGUUCAAUAAACUUCAAAAAUUACAGGAUCACAGGUAUCACGUAAUUUAGUUGAUUCCGAUAGAUGAAUAUUCAAGGGAGUACAAGAUAAUCUGUGAAUUUGGGGUCUUAGCUGCUGAUUCUGUUCAGAUUUCUUGAUAUUUGGUACUUGGUCUACUUUAUUUUUAAGAGAUUUGUUCUUGUCAAGAUGAUGAUGUUUGAGGAAAUGGGGUUCUGUGGGGAUCUUGAUUUCUCUCCUGCUCCGCUUAAGGAAGUGGAUGUGGCUGUUCCACACACUGAGCCAGAGCAAGUGGUGGAUGAUGAUUAUAGUGAUGAGGAUAUUGAUGUAGAGGAGUUAGAGAAGAGAGUGUGGAGGGACAAGAUGAAGCUGAAAAGGCUGAAAGAAAUGAAUCAAGGUAAGGAAGAUGUUGAUUCUGCGAAACGAAGGCAGUCACAGGAGCAGGCAAGGAGGAAGAAGAUGUCAAGGGCACAGGAUGGGAUCUUGAAGUAUAUGUUGAAGAUGAUGGAAGUAUGUAAAGCUCAGGGCUUUGUUUAUGGGAUCAUUCCUGAAAAAGGCAAGCCGGUCGGUGGGGCAUCGGAUAAUCUUAGGGAAUGGUGGAAGGAUAAAGUUAGGUUUGAUCGCAAUGGUCCUGCAGCUAUAGCCAAAUACCAAGCUGAGCAUGCCAUUCCAGGCAAGAAUGAGGUGUCAAAUCCAGUUGGUCCUACCCCUCACACCUUGCAGGAGCUGCAGGAUACCACCCUUGGUUCGUUAUUGUCAGCUUUGAUGCAGCACUGUGAUCCUCCGCAGAGAAGAUUUCCAUUAGAGAAAGGUGUUUCACCCCCAUGGUGGCCUACAGGACAGGAGGAUUGGUGGCCACAAUUGGGUUUGCAGAAGGACCAAGGUCCUCCACCUUAUAAAAAACCUCAUGAUUUGAAGAAGGCGUGGAAGGUUGGUGUCCUCACAGCGGUAAUCCAGCACAUAUCCCCUGAUAUUGCUAAAAUCCGCAAACUUGUAAGGCAGUCAAAGUGCUUGCAGGAUAAGAUGACAGCCAAAGAAAGUGCUACUUGGCUUGCCAUCAUCCAUCAGGAGGAAGCUUUGGCUCGAGAACUAUACCCUGAUUGCUGUCCACCUUUGUCGUCAGCUGGUUGUAGUGGAACUUUCACUGUGAACGACAGCAGCGAGUAUGAUGUUGAAGGUGCUCAAGAUGUGUCUAACUUUGAUGUUCAAGAGCAAAAACCGCACCAUCUCAAUUUGUUCAAUGUCUGUGUUGAGAGAUUCAACGAGAGGCUGCCUCUACAACAAGAGUCUCAUUCAAUCAAGGAUGAAAUGAUCACCAGCUUAGAUUUCACCCGGAAGAGGAAGCAAUCCAAUGAGCAGACUGUUUCGAUGGAUCAAAAGAUCUAUACAUGUGAGUUUCUUCAUUGCCCUUACAGUGAACUUCGCCAUGGUUUUCAUGACAGAUCUGCCAGAGACAAUCAUCAAUUAGCUUGCCCUUUUAGAAAUACUUCUCAAUUUGGAGUUUCAAACUUUCACGUGAAUGAAGUCAAGCCAGUUGUCUUACCUCAACAAUAUGUCCCGUCAAAUUCAGCUGCUCUGCCUGUUAAUCCAAGUCCACCUCGCUUUGAUCUAUUUGGAGUAGGAGUUCCUGAAGAUGGGCAUAGGAUGAUUGACGACCUUUUGUCAUUCUAUGAUAGUAAUUUACAAGGAAACAAAAGCCAAAAUCCAGGGAGUGUUGCACCAACCAAAGUUCAGCCUCAUGUCAACCAGGACAAUUACCUACGCAGCCAAGGGAUGAUGGAGGGGAAUGUCUUCAAAGACGUUAAUGUUUCCGCAAGUCAUUCUAUGCUCCCCCAAGGCAAUCUUCUCGAUCAUUGCAAGACUCUAAAUUCACCAUCUAAUGCAGGUUGUAGUGAUAAUUUGCAUUUCAUGUUUGGGCCUCCGUUCAACUUACAGACCACCAAUUACACCGGAAGUCUGCAGUCUGGCAUUGGAUGUGAUACAACACCGAAGCAAGAUAUUCCAAUUUGGUACUAGCCAGGAGAUUGUUCAAACGUAUAUAGUCAGUUGGGGAUUCAUAGAUAUAGUUCAUGUUCCCGGAGAUGAAGAUCCCAAUUUAAUUAGUCUGCAUUAUCAGGUGGAUUUUUAAUCGCUUGAAAGAUAGGCAUGGUGUAACUGAGGUGGAAGUAGAGUUACCCUCAAAUAUCACUGUUGCUGCUUAUAGAAUGUGUAGAUAUCUGAUAAAUAAGUUUAAGACUAUCUUGGUAUCUAUGUUACAAUUUGGUUUAUCUAAGCUUCAGUUAUUUUGGUA